UGACGACCGUCGCAAACGCUUAAUGGCGGAAAACUCAAAACUUUACUGAAGUUGAACGUGCCAUUGCAAUCAUUUUGAUAAAACACUCCUGCAAAAGUUGACUCUUCUCUGACCAGUGGAGAUGGCAGAGGUUGAUCAGGCUGUGGAUCUGUCCAAGACAGAGACAGGAGAGGGUGGGAAUGGCCAUCUGUCUUCCACUGCAGACCGAAACAGUGGGUCCAGUACAGGACAGAAGUCUACCACCAAGAGGACGCAUGAAGAUGAGGAAGAGGACGACAGCUCUCCAACUAAGAAACAGCAUGGUCAUGGAGAAAAGGUGGCGACCCACUACAACACUCUCCAGGAGACCGGCCUCGCUGCCAGGAGCCAGAGCAGAAUAUUCUACAUGAGGAACUUCAACAACUGGCUUAAAAGUGUUCUAAUUGGUGAGAUCCUGGACACGGUGCGUCAGAGCCGCAGAGAGCUGUCUGUUCUGGACCUGGGCUGUGGGAAAGGUGGAGACCUGCUCAAGUGGAGGAAAGGACACAUUAGCCGGUUGGUCUGUGCAGACAUAGCAGCAGUGUCGGUGGAGCAGUGCCAGGUUCGUUAUGAGUAUAUGAGGAAGAGGGGUCAUCCUAACGAACGUAUCUUCUCUGCGGAGUUCAUCACAGCCGACUGUACCAAGGAGCUGCUGACAGACAAGCUGAAGGAUCCUAAGAUGGAGUUUGAUGUGACCAGCUGUCAGUUUGUGUACCACUACUCCUUUGAGACGCAGCAGCAGGCGGACCUGAUGUUGAAGAACGCCUGUGAGAGGCUGAGACCAGGAGGAUACUUCAUAGGCACCACACCAGAUGCAUAUGAACUGGUGAAGCGUGUGGAAACCUUAGACUCCAACUCCUUUGGUAACGAGGUGUUCAGCGUGACGUUUCAGAAGAAGGGAGACUACCCUCUGUUCGGUUGUCAGUAUGACUUUAAUCUGGAGGGGGUGGUCAAUGUCCCAGAGUUCCUGGUUUAUUUCCCUCUGUUUGAAGAGAUGGCCAAGAAGUACAACAUGCGUCUGGUGUUUAAGAAGACGUUCUCCCAGUUCUUUGAGGAGCACAUAAAGAACGACCAGCACAAGAUGCUGAUGCAGAGGAUGCAAGCCCUGGAGUCUUUCCCGACAGACAACAAGAACAAGUCAUCCUCAGACAACCUUGAUGACUAUGAUCACGCCAAGGAGAAGGCUGACAGCCCCAAUGUCAGGCUGCCGCUGGGAACAUUGAGCAAGUCUGAGUGGGAGGCAACAAGCAUAUACCUGGUGUUUGCAUUUGAGAAAAUGUCCUGAAUGCCAGAGAAGAGAACCGCAGGUUGACUUUUGGGGGGGAGGGAUUUUUUUUUUGAAGAACUGACUUGCUGCCAACUGAGGUGCUUUGGGCAGAGCAUGGUAAAAAAAAUAUGUAGUUUUAAUGUUUUCCUGUUGUGAAAAAUGAUUGGUUUGUGUAAGCUUGUGUUGGCCUAUCUGUCCUCUGGUUCUUAUUAUAUCAGCUACAGCCAGACUGUGUUGUCAUCAUCUGUAGCUCAUAUCUGUCCAGUUUUUACUUCUCCUUUAUCCUGGUCAUUUAACCUCGUGAUGUCAUUUAACUGGAGUGAUGUGUAUUAUACAACGGGUGGGUCUAAUCCUGAAUGCUGAUUGGUUAAAUUCCAGCCGGUGUCUAUUCCACAAGUUACCACUGGCUAAAUCUAUGACGUUAAAAUGCCUGUUUACUCUGUUCCAUUCUUCAAGAGGAUUAGAUCAGUGGAUCAAUGCUAGUUCGAAGUAGGAGGACCUUCUAGAGGAUUAGAUCAGUGGAUCAAUGCUAGUUCGAAGUAGGAGGACCUUCUAGAGGAUUAGAUCAGUGGAUCAAUGCUAGUUCGAAGUAGGAGGACCUUCAAGAGGAUUAGAUCAGUGGAUCAAUGCUAGUUCGAAGUAGGAGGACCUUCUAGAGGAUUAGAUCAGUGGAUCAAUGCUAGUUCGAAGUAGGAGGACCUUCAAGAGGAUUAGAUCAGUGGAUCAAUGCUAGUUCGAAGUAGGAGGACCUUCAAGAGGAUUAGAUCAGUGGAUCAAUGCUAGUUCGAAGUAGGAGGACCUUCAAGAGGAUUAGAUCACUGGAUCAAUGCUAGCUCGAAGUAGGAGGACCUUCUAGAGGAUUAGAUCAGUGGAUCAAUGCUAGCUCGAAGUAGGAGGACCUUCUAGAGGAUUAGAUCAGUGGAUCAAUGCUAGUUCGAAGUAGGAGGACCUUCUAGAGGUAUUUUAAGGCUCAACUAUGAUUCAGGUAAUCAACACAUCAAACCUUUAUGUAACCUCUAUGUGGAUUACCUGGUGUAUGUAUACCUUCUGUUUCUUCUCUAUCUAGUGCACUACUAUUGACCAGGGCCCAUUGGCCCCCCCAAGGAAUUUAGCUAAAAUGAGUUGAGGAAACCUGUUCCAAAUUAUUCCCACAAAUAAAAUAAAUAAGAACA